AUGGAUAUAACGUCAUUCGAUCCCCACGCAACAAAAACGAUUUGCAAAGAACCAACGUCAGUGCGUUGCACCAAUCUGGCUACUAAAUCAUCAGAUACGUCAUUGCUAAAAUCUGGCGCUAAUUUGCUUCGUUUGAAGCAGCGUUCUUUGCCUGGAUCGGUAAUUGCCGGCUCGAGAAGCGCUACAUCCACCAAUGUCCAGGUCGCAUCAACGUCAUCCACCUCGCACUCUUCGUCAGCCAAGACGUUGUUCAGUCUUUCGACUGAUUCGGCUGAGCAUCGACCUAUUCACGGUCAACGUUCGGUGGAUUUUCACCAAUCCAGCUCGCAUUCAGAUAUUGCUUCCGGUUCUUCUGGGCCACAGAUUAGUGCCAAGGAUUGGAAAUGGAUUAAGCGUGGCAAAAAAGUCUUCUAUUGA